UAGAGCUUGAGCUUCCUUGAACCUCACACGUCACUCAAACCACCAACGGCAGUGCCAGAGACGGGAGAGACAGGAGAUCGACAACGAAACAAAAAUACGACCAUGGCGCGACUCUCGCAUUCUACCGUACAUCCCAUUAACAGAAGCGCAAUCGAUAUUGCAUCAGCAGAGCUGGGGAACCUACUGCUGCGACUACAAAAGACUGUUCUUCAUACAGAUAGCGACCGCGAACGACGACUGCGAUCGAGCGAAUUCGAAAGAGCACGAGUAGCAUCCAACCUCGAAUACGCACGGCACUCUUUGACGAAACUAGAACACGAUGCGCUGGGGAUCAAAGCGCCAGGUCGGAGGGCUGAAGUGCAAAGCGACCUGAAUGGGAAGAGAGAGCUUCUAGAACUGCUACUGGAUCGGUUAGAAGACUUGAGACAAGUGGCAAUUGAGGAGGACGAAGAUGAUGAGAGUACCGACGGAGAAGAUAUCCUCUCAGAAAUAAUACCUACGCCGAGCGAUAGCAUGGUCGAUUCCAUAUCAACAGGACAACCCACCGGAAGCUCAGGGCAAGAUGAUGAUGUCGAGUCAGAGCCCCCCGAGGCAACGACGAUACCAGGGACAACAGCCACGGUACCAGCGCCAGCAUCAACAACACCCCCUGACACGUCUACGACAUCGCAAGAGCACAAACAACGACCCACGCAAACAACGCAGAACCUAAGAUCAAGAGGCGCACCUUCAUCUCCAUCACCGCCUGCCCAUUCAACAGCACGCGCGGCGCUUUUCGCCAAUCGAAGCAAACCCUCUACUCCCCAAACAUCAACAGCAACAGCCGAAGCCUUACUCGACCAUCAACGACACGAACAGGAAGCCCUCUCAGAAUCGAUUCUUCAGAUGGCGAGUGCUCUAAAGUCAAGCUCACAACGUUUCUCAACCACUCUCGAGGCAGACAAGGACGUAGUGGCGCGUGCAGGUGAGGGAAUGGAUAAGACAGAACAGAGCAUGGCGGCGGCGAAGGGGCGAAUGGGUAUGCUCAAGAGGAUGACAGAAGGAAAGGGAUACUUUGGGAGGCUACUGCUAUAUGCAUAUAUCGCUUUGCUUGCUGUGGCAUGCAUACUCGUGGUCUUUGUUUUACCCAAGUUGAGGUUCUGAAGCUGAAACAACAAGGAAACUGGCAAUAACACAUCGGUUUAUGUACAAAUGAGUAGAUUAUAAGCCAUUAUGAGCAUUGCUGUGUAAUUAGCUACCGUUCUAUAUACGCCAAGCAUACUGAGCAAUUGUCCCCAAGUCUCCCAAGAUAUGCACGUCCCAAUCAUAUGCUGCUCUAACCGAUAGUAGCCCUUAUGCCCCCUAGCAAUUGAGGUUGAGAUUCUUAAUUGAUAACCCGAG